AUGCCCUCUAAGAAGAACAGAGGAAAAAGAGGAGGAAACAGGACCCAACCCCAACCCGAGCCCCACGCUCACCCCAACCCCGACCCCUACCCUGCCCCCCGCAAAAUUCCCCUCCUCGAGGCCCGCGACAGCCUCAUCGACCGCCUCCGCCUCCACCUCGAGCAGCACAACCACCCCGGCAUCGUCGGCGCCGGCCCGCCCCCGCUCCAGCACGCGCUGUGCAUCAGCUGCAUCGGCGGCGCCGAAGCCCGCGCCUGCCUCGACCUCAUCCAGGUCUUCGCCUACGCCCAGACCCCGACCCAGCCGGACGACACCGGCAGCGCCGCCCUCAAGCCCGGCGACCACUGCCUCGGCCUGUGGCACACGCCCGCCCACCACCGCAAGUUCCUGCUGGAGCACGGGGCGUCGCUGUUCCCGGCGGGGUGGCUGACGCGGCCGUCGAUCUCGCGCGGCGGCGGGUGGUUCGUGGUGGAUGGGCAUCGGCUCUGCGUGGAGGUGAUGGAGGCGGUGAUCAUGCCGUUCGAGAGGGGCCGGUAUGCGGCCGUCCGGCUGGACGUGCCGAGGGAGAUGGAGCAGUGGGGGCUCGGGGUUUGGGGCGGCGGCGGCGGUGAUGGUGGGGUUGGUGAGGGUUGUGAGGAGGGGGCUCUGCGGGCUUGGGCUUGUCUUUGA